AUGGGUGUGUGAGCGCUCUGCGCAUGCGCGCUCAUCCUUCUCUCCCUCCUGACCUCCUCCCGGUUUGUGCUGCGCCGCUGCCGCUGUUCAACUUCUCCCGUGAAAGCCGCUCAAAAUCCUCCACACAGAUCCUGGCACACACAUGAGGCAUGGCAGGUCUCUUCGGGAAGAUCCAGAUUGGCAUUUAUGUGGAGAUCAAGCGCAGUGAUGGAAGAAUCCACCAGGCCAUGGUGACGUCACUGAAUGAAGACAAUGACAGCGUUACGGUGGAGUGGAUUGAAAACGGAGACACGAAAGGGAAAGAGAUCGAUCUGGAGAGCAUAUUUGCGCUGAAUCCAGACGUUGCACCUGAAGAGGAAAUCCCGCAAAGUCCCGAGACCCCUCCGCCGCCCGUGUCCAGUGCCAUCAAAACCAACAAGAUCCCUCAGAACAAGAAUCGUCGAACGGUGGCACCACCGAAAAAUGAAACGCCUGCAAGGGAUAAUCGAGUCACUGUAGGUACAACUCGAGCACGGCCGAGCCAGCAAACCGAGCCUCCUCCAUCAGCGCCCAUCCCGCCUCCGCCCAUCCAACACCAGACCCUACAGCAGCAGAACGCUCGCAGGAAGUCCAACUGCGUGAAGGAAGUGGAGAAACUUCAAGAGAAGCGGGAGAAGAGACGAUUACAGCAGCAGGAGUUGAGAGAGAAAAGAGCACAGGAAGUGGAUGCCACAACCCCUAAUUAUGAAAUCAUGUGCAUGAUCCGAGACUUCAGAGCGAGUUUGGACUACAGACCGUUGACCACUGCAGAUCUGAUUGAAGACCACAGGAUAUGCGUGUGUGUUCGAACUCGUCCACUGAACAAGAAAGAGCUGACCAUGAAGGAUCUGGACGUCAUCACCAUCCCCAGUAAAGACGUGGUCAUGGUCCACGAGCCCAAGCAGAAAGUGGAUUUAACCAGAUACCUGGAGAACCAGACGUCCCGCUUCGAUCACGCUUUCGACGACACCUCCACAAACGAAAUGGUGUACAGGUUCACCGCUCGGCCGCUGGUGGAGACUAUAUUUGAGAGAGGGAUGGCCACUUGUUUCGCUUACGGUCAGACGGGCAGCGGGAAAACUCAUACCAUGGGAGGAGAUUUUUCAGGGAAGAACCAGGAUUGCUCCAAAGGGAUCUACGCCCUCGCUGCACGGGAUGUUUUUCUCAUGUUAAAAAAACCAAACUACAAGAAGUUGGAUCUUCAGGUGUAUGCGACGUUCUUUGAAAUCUACAGCGGGAAGGUGUUUGACCUCCUGAACAGGAAGGCCAAGCUGCGUGUUCUUGAAGACGGCAAGCAGCAGGUUCAGGUGGUCGGGCUGCAGGAGCGAGAGGUCAAAUGCACCGAGGAUGUCCUCAAACUCAUCGAGAUGGGCAACAGCUGCAGGACGUCUGGACAGACCUCGGCUAACGCUCACUCGUCCCGCAGUCACGCCGUGUUUCAGAUCAUCCUUCGAAGGAGGGGCAAAAUGCACGGGAAAUUCCUCAUCGACCUGGCGGGGAACGAGCGAGGGGCGGACACUUCGAGCGCCGACCGACAGACGCGUCUCGAGGGCGCUGAGAUCAACAAAAGUCUGCUGGCGCUGAAGGAGUGCAUCAGGGCUUUGGGUCGAAACAAACCACACACUCCGUUUAGAGCCAGUAAACUCACACAGGUCUUAAGAGACUCCUUCAUUGGAGAAAACUCUAGAACGUGUAUGAUCGCUACAAUCUCUCCUGGAAUGGCAUCAUGCGAAAACACAUUAAACACUCUGAGAUACGCCAACAGAGUGAAGGAGUUUGGGAUCAGUCCCUCCGACAUUCCCUUCUCUCAGGGGGGCGGCGGGCGCUCCGAACUCUCUCCUACCUAUGAGUAUGAUGACUUUGCUACCUCACCCAGCAGGGUGAAGGAGCUGAGCAUCGACCCCAGUGUGGUGAUGGAGGGCCGCUCGUCCGGACACUCGGUCAGUCAGCUGGACGUGCUGGAGGCGCAGUGGGGAGUGGGCAGCUCUCCUCAGAGAGACGAUCUCAAGCUGCUCUGCGAACAGAACGAAGAGGAAGUGUCCCCGCAGCUCUUCACCUUCCAUGAGGUGGUGUCCCAGCUGGUGGAGAUGGAGGAGCAGGUCCUGGAGGACCACCGCGCCGUGUUUCAGGAGUCCAUCCGCUGGCUGGAGGAUGAGAAGGUUCUUCUAGAGAUGACAGAGGAAGUCGAUUAUGACGUUGAAUCAUUUGCCACUCAGCUUGAGCAAAUCCUGGAUCAGAAGAUCGAGGUGUUAACAGAGCUCAGAGAUAAAGUGAAGUCUUUCCGCUCGGCUCUUCAGGAAGAGGAACAGGCCAGUAAGCAGAUCAACCCCAAACGCCCUCGAGCCCUGUAGCAUCGCAGCACCAGCAGAACGGUCCCAUCAGCCCUCAUCUCAUCGGUGUAUCUACAUGUGUAACCUGUACGUGAACGUGACGCUUUCCUUCAUCCGACAAAAGCACAUUUUAACUGUAUAGAGGAUCCGACUUCUUACUAACCUGAAUGAUGAUAGAGUUUAAGGCCACGAGAAGGGCAUACGGUGAGCUAAUGCAUGAACAAACCAGCUCUGCGUCAUCUGACUGGACCGAGUGUGUGUGCGUGUGUGCGCGUGCGUGCGUGUGUGUGUGUGUGUGAGAAUCCUGUAAAUAUGUCAUUGACUCAUUCAUGCUUUUCAGAUGUAUAUAUACUGCUCAUCUACUUGCAUAACAGUUUGCCAGGUAAUGAAAUGAUUAUACCGUCCCCACGGAAAAGAGCGGAUACAGUCUAGAGAUAGUCACAAUUAGGGAUGCACCGAUAUAGACCUUUCCACCACUUAUUUUUAUGACUGCUAAUUGAGAAAGCUCGUUUCCAACACAGCGUGACAAAAUAAACACGCUUCAUUGUUUUUGAAGCGAAAAGAUAACCUCACAAUUCUGCUUUAAAUGUAGUUAUAUCUCAAAAUCCAUUUUUUUCACAGAAUCACGAGAUUCUCACGGUUUCGUACUUUUUUUAAUCUUGCUGAAUACAAAAGGUCACUGCAACCUCUCACAGUCCUGAUUUGGGUUUUUAGCUCACAGUUUAGUUUGUAUCUCACAACUGUGAAUUGAAACUUGGGAUUCUGACCAAAAAAAACAUAACUUUUAGGAUAAAAAGUAACUGUUUUCUUUUUAAAUCCUGUGAUGGAAACGAACUUUUUUUAACAAGUCUGUAAUGUUGUUGUUUUUUUUUUUUUAACCCUUUGGUCCUCUUAGGUAAUUUUUCACAGAAAAAAAAAAUUAACCAAAAUCUGGAUGGUACAAAUCUUGAAGGUGAAAUGGUUUAAUGGUUAAAGGGUCUUGAAUAAUAAAAAAAAAUGUGGAGGCAACUUAAUAUUUUUUUGUUACAUAAUGUUAAUUUAAGUGACAACUAAAAUAUUUUAGUUGACUAAACUAAAUGUCUUUAGUGUUUUGUGUAGUCAGACUAGCUCUGUUUGCUAACUAAUGGAAAAUACAUUUCAUCUAGUGUAAAAGUUUGUUAUUGUACCCAAAUACAAUUCUACUUGAAAGCUCUUUUUUUGUAAUAUUCAUCCUCAAACUUGGAAUCCAACUUUAGAUUUGGACUUUUUUUAUAUAUAAUUUUUUUUUUUUUAUAAAAAUGUUUUGGGAAAUAUAUUUCAUAAAAAAACAAAAAAACGAAACUAAAUAGUUUGCAUUUUUCAUAAACUUCUACUGCUUUUUUUAUAUACAUUUUUGUGCUCUCAAGCAUUCAUGACUUAAUGAAGUUUUUCUUUUUAUAAGUGAUUAAAAGACAAAUAGAUUAACUGAUCCAUACAUUUUAGUCCUAUAAAAUCCCUUGAAAAUAUAAGAUGAAAGACUUAAAAUACACUAAAUUAAAAAUAAUAUUAAUGCAGUCAUUUUUCAUUGAUGUGAGGAGGACCAGAGGGUUAAAUAUAAACACACUAGGUGUGUGUGUGUGUGUGUGUGACCCUGGAGUACAAAACCAGUCAUAGCGCAGGAAUAGCCAAAAAUAAAAAAAAUAUUUUUUAUGCCAAAAGUCAUUAAGAUAUUAAGUAAAGAUGUGCUAUAAAGGUAUUUAGUAAAUUCUCUACCCUAAAUAUAUCAAAACGUAAUAUUUGGUUAGAUAUAUGAUCUAAGAACUUCAUUUGGACAACUUUGAUGAAAGUGAUUUUCUUGAACAAAACGUUAAACUAUACCAUACAUUAAUUUAUUUAGCUUUCAAAUUGUCUUUAAAUCUCAAUUUCGAAAAAAUAGUCACUUAGGACUGGUUUUGUGGUUCAGGAUCGCAUAGGACAAAUCAGGUAUAAAAAUAUGUGGGAAAAUAUAUGGGAAAUUGAAAAUUGUAUAGUCCGAUAUAUAUACUGUGCAUCCCUAGUUACAGUAGAAGUUGCAUGACUGCAAUACAGAUGAUCUCUAUUGAGACCUACAGAAACUGCUGAAUUAAUAACUCGUGUAGCAGUGAGACGAUACAUGACUUUUUCUUUCUUUUUUUUUGAUUGCCAGUAAGAGCCUUUACUGUAACGAAAACAAACGCAGGCCUUAUUGCACUAACAAUAAACUGAUAAAUAUCUGUGAGAGGAACAAGUCGGUGAACAAACCGAUCGUGCUAAUUCAGCUGAGAUGAACAGGCCAGAGAUGUUCAGAUAUAUUAAGAACCAUUUUGUUACCAUACAGUGUUUUGUUUACAUUUUGAGGAAUUUGUAAAAGUGGUCAUUAUAACCUUCAGGCUACCGUCUCCUUUUUUUUAAAAGAAUGCUAUUUAUUAAAGCAUCAGUGUUUUUGUUUUAUGUUGCCGAUCAAUGCUUGAAUGAUUUUGUCCUCGUCUCAUCUGAAGAGUUUGUGUGACGAGAGGAAUCUGGAUCUGUACGGGACUCAGUGUUUCAGUGUAUUGCGUUGCUAAAAUAAAGAGCCAUUUGAAGACGUCA